AAUAAUUAUUAAAAUUUAUUUACAAAAGGUGGAAAGUGCUAAAAUUAGAGUUUUUCCUUUGUGUUCUUGCAUAUUAGUGCAAUAAUAAUAUCCACCAAUGCAGUAGAGCAUUCCAUUUAGGUAUCUCGAUUUGCAUUUCUUUUACUGGCUCUUGGAUCUUUUACCAAUAUCUGAAAUUGUGUAAGACUCCUGGUAAGACUAUUUUUUUAUUAUUCUUCCGAGUAUUCCUCUAUUUGUAAGCCCAUUCAUGUGCCAAUUGCUUCCUGAAAAUCUCACACCUACCACAACUAAACAUACCACAAAAACAUGCUCUACAACCAAACAUCACUUUUACAGAGUAGAAAAAAAUUUGAAGUCAUAUCAGGCAUGGAAAUACAAAUCCCUCCAGUUUUAUGAAAAUCCCAUUAGCCAAUCAGUGCGAACUGAGUGAAAAAAGUUGCACUGAUUCUGCAAAUUGAAAUCGCUAUAAUAUUUAAAAUGCUUUCAUCUUGGCGCCAUCUAUAAUUUUUUUUUAGAACUAAAAUAUAAUUUGAAGGGGGGCCGUUGCGGCCUUAAGGCCGCGUUAAUGGCCGCCAUGUUUAAAUCAUAAUCCUAGGUUUAAUUUUUUUUUUUUUUGAAAAUGACGACUGCGCCACUCUACACAUACGUUUCAAUAUUUUAUUUUUUGUCCAAAACAAAAUCUGUUUGUCGGUGAAAGACUUAGACAAGGAAAAAAGAGGGGACGGGUAACAGGCAUUUACAAGCUUGCACGUGAACGUGUGACCAAAAAUUGAUCGGCGGCCAUAGUCCUGGUGCCAAACAAAGAGCUUGACACCUGACACCCGGCAUAUUUUCUAUAUUUAUGCGACGAAAACGAAUGAAAUAUGUUUGUUUUAGUUUUUUCCUUGUCUAAGGUGAAAGACUUGUCCUCUUCUUCUUAUUUUUCUUCUUUUUAUUUUGGAAAUGGGAUUUUCAUAAAACUGACAUUUUAAAAGCUAAGGUCUUGUGCAGAAAUCACAAACCAGUCAGAGUGAAUUUCAUUGGUUGAAACUAAAAUCUGUUUUUUUUUUUAAAGAUAAAAGUCAAAAUGACAUUCUGUUGGCAAUACAAUGUAAAAUUGUCAAUGCUUUCAAAUUUUUUAUGUAGAAAAGGCUUGUGUUGCCAACAUAGGUAGUUACUAAAUUUUUGACUUGGGGAAUUAUCUUUAAAAAAAAAACACUUUAGUUUUCUGACUGUUUUCAACCAAUGAAAUUCGCUCUGACUAGUUUGUGAUUUCUGCAGAAACAGACCUAAAGUUAACUUGAGUGUUACAAUCAAAGUUAACUUUAAAACAUGUUUGUAAUACCCGCCCUUAAUGGAAACGUUUGGCUUUUUGUGUGACAAAACCAAGCUACAACGGCUUAGCAAUAGGCGUUUAAAGUCGAGCGCAGAUUGACUAUUGCUAAUACAGUGGGUGUACUUUAUGCCCGCAACAUUUAGGCAGAACGUACAACAGAUUAGCAAUGGGCGUUUUGUACGUAUUCGUAGCAAAUUUAAACAAAAACACGUGACUGAAAACGCCCUCUCAUAAGCUAGGAAGCCGAUAUUCAUGCACUUGUUGCCACAUAUUAUAAAUGCGAAAUUACCAUUCAUUCAACGAUUCAACUGACAUGGAUCCCAUGUUUCUUCCUAUUACCUAAGCCGCUUUCCAGCUGACGCUUUUGAGCACGCAAUUGAGUUUUUGCGUGCGCAAAUGCUUCAAGCGCUUGUUCGUGUUCCAGCCGUACUGCGCUUCGAGAGCUGCUAACUUUUGCGUUUCAAACACAGAACACUGUGCUGCACCGUGUUUGAAGCACACAGCUGGAAAGCGGCUCUAGUACGAAUCGAAUAUACACUUUGUUUCACGAGGGUUUAUACUUUUGACAUAAUUUGGCUUCCUUUUUUAAUAAAUAGAAAUUGACUGUAACAAAUCAAUGACGUCAAAAACGUUCGUCGGUUCUUAAACCAGAACUUGAAACCAACUUUACUUUGGCAUUUCACACGGCAUUUUAUGCAUUUAUUGCUAAUGGUUUCCAGAGAUACAGAUUUUGAGAAAGAUUUGGCAACAUGCAGACAGACAUCUGUUCAUUGGGACUCUGACGUCACAGUCCUAACCCGCGUUUUCACAGUACCUACCUUUGAAUAAGAUAAAACGUUGUACGCUUUCCGACCUAAACAGAAGAUUUUUUUGUGCCUCGCUGCCCUCGCUCGAUUCAAACUUUGAGCUCAGCACAAAAAAAGUCAGUCUUUGGGCGGUUACACACGGACGUGGAUGUCUUAAUACAUAUACGUGCAUACAUCAACGUGCAAACAACAACAAGCAUGGCGCAUUUGUACAGACGCUCGCACAAAACUGCAGUCUUGCUAUUCUUGCUACAGUGUUCCGAGUGUGCAUACAAAAUUGCACAUUCAAAAACGCGACGAUAUUUUGCAUACACAUUGAUGUUUUUGUUUGCACGUGCAUGUAGGUAUGUGCGUACAUGUUUUCAGACAUCAACGUCCGUGUGUAACCGCCUUUUGGCCAACUAAUGACAUUUAAAGCGUUUAAACAUGACUAAAAAACUCGUGUGAUUAGAACGACUCUGUCUACGACCUCGUCGUUCUAAUCUUUCACACUCGUUAUUGUGAUCAUGUUCAUAAACGCACUUGUAAUGUAAAUAACUAUUUCAUAACUAGUAGAAAGUUAAAUUCAUAAAUAUGUAUGUACAUCAUACAAUACAAUCAAACCAAACAAAGCAAAUGUGCGGUCACAAAUUACUUUUUGAUGGUGGUAGCUCAACACCAUCAAACAAACACCGGAACUAAAAAUAGUUGACAAAGAUGCAGGAAUAAUAAUAUUUGAACUAGAUCGUUUUUUAUUAUCCCAAAUUACCAACUUUUUCUAACAAAUAAAUCUAUAAAUACCUACCUAAGUCAUUCUGAGUAAUCUUUUACGUUUAACGUUGUUUAUAUAGUUAUAGCAUCACUCUAUUGCGCCUUAAGGUCAUUGUUAAUUAUUGGCGCAAACAAAAAUCACUAGACAAGGCUCGCUAGAAACAAGACACCGGACAUUCUACGGACUUCUUUAUUCUACGUCAUCUUUAUUUUCAAUCCAAGCCGUCACUACAAACUACUAUAAUUAAAUUAAAUUAGAUAUGUUUGUACCUUGUAUUGAUUGUUUUUCCAGUCAGCCAGAGAGCGUUUUUUCUAUUAGGAACGUUUUUAUCGAGGUUUUUAUCAUGGUGUAUUCUCUGUUAAGAUUUUAGUUAAGUGUUUUUUUUGUUUUGUAUCAAUAAUUGUGGCAUUUUUCCAUUUUCAUUAAGAACAUGGAUUCCCCAGGAGCCGAUAUCGCACCACAGCGGCCACACGUUAAAUCGGGACCGUCCGAAACAAAUAACGAUCCUGAAAGUGAAAACGGCGUAAACAUUAAGUUAUCAGGACAUCCAGGCGUCAGCAGGACCGAAACUCCGGGAGUUGGUGAGAGCAAAAGUGCGGAUAUUGAUCCAGGGAGCGAUGGGAUAAAGAAUAAUCGCAAAAAUAUGUAUUUUCAGUUGGCAGUUGUGUUUUUAAAAAAAGUAUCACUUCUUUUGCUGGGUUACAUAAUUUGCUAUUUCAAUUGGUCGCUCAUAUUACCAAUAAUAGGAAUAUGUACCAUGAUAUGGUACGAAAACAUCAAGUCCAAAAAAAUAGAAAGGAUCAAAAAGAAAGUUCGAGCAAGUAAAAUGACUAAACAGGAAAUAUUGGAAAUUGUUAAGGACUUACCUUCGUGGGUGAAUUUCCCUGACAGAGAAAGGGCGGAAUGGCUAAAUGAGAUUAUUUCCCAAUUAUGGCCCAACGUCCACAGUUACAUUGUAAAAUAUUGCAGGGGAAAGAUCCAGACCAACAUAAGAAAAAAGUUCGAUUCUUUCAGAUUCGAGGAUAUAGAUUUUGGUAAUAUGCCGCCUAAAAUUGAUGGAGUGAAAGUCUAUAGCAACGCUGUAUCUAAAGAUUCAAUUAUAAUCGACUUUGAAGUAUUUUAUGAUGGAGACUGCGAGAUAAAUUAUUCCAUGUCUGGAGCACAAAUAGGAAGAAUUCGGGAUUUCCAGAUGGGAGUUGAAAUAAGAAUUGUCCUGAAGCCUCUCCUUUAUAAAAUGCCUGUAGUUGGAGGAAUGCAGCUGUUUUUCCUAAAUAUACCUGAUAUUCACUUUGAGCUGGAAGGAUUUACUGGUAUUCCAGGAUUUAGCUAUUUUGUUAGACAAAAAAUCAUCGAAAUCAUAAACAAAAAAUUAGUCUUUCCCAAUAAAAUUACGAAACGCUUUACAAAAUCUAUAGAAGCUGCUGAGCUAAAAUCAGUAGAAGCUGAGGGUGUGUUAAGAGUUCAUGUAUUCGAAGCCAAAGACCUAGAAAAGAAAGAUGUGACUGGCAAAUCGGAUCCUUACGUCAUACUGAACGUGGGAGCUCAAGAAUUCAGAACUCAAGUGGUAAAACGAGAUUUGAAUCCCCAAUGGGAUUAUUAUUGUGAGUUCAUAAUCUUGGAUCCAGUAGCUCAACAAUUAUAUUUUAAAAUGUUUGAUCAAGACGAUUUUAAUGAAGAUGAUUUUAUGGGAAGCGGUGUUGUGGAAAUAUCUGAAGUAAUUAAGCCUGGGAAAAAUGAUCAAUGGUUUUCUCUGGAAAAUGCCAAACAUGGAAAACUGCAUAUGCGUUUCAGUUGGUUAGCACUAGCUUCUGAGAAAGACGCUAUAAACGAUGCAAUGCAAGAAAGUAAACUCCUCAAAAUUGAAAACAUACAUACAGCCUUAUUGACGAUAUACAUCGAUUCAGCCAUUAAUCUACCAAAAAUAAAAUCCUACAAGAAACCGGACCCCUACAUAAUAUUAACAGUUGGCAAAAACCAAACUAAAAGUCGCACCAAAAAACAUACUUGUCAACCAGUCUGGGAGCAAGGGCUUUAUUUGUUAGUAAGAAAUCCGGAAAACGAUUCUUUGAUAAUAAAUAUCAUUGAUAAGCAUUCUGAUCAUACUUUGGACAAAAUGGUAUUUAAUGUACGUCAACUUCUGGAUCGACCUUCAAUGCAAAUAAGCAAAGAAGAGUUUCAGUUACAGCUGAAUCCUGAAUGUAAGAUAACUUUAUCUUUGCAAUUGAGGAUUUUACACAAUGCACUCUUUGAAGGCGAUGAUUUUGAUUCAGAUUCAGAUGAAGAAAAUCCUCCAACUCCAAGAGCAUCUAUUAAAUCAUCGAAAGUUGAUAGCCCAAAACCGUCUCCUCCUAUAUCCCGAAAGAAUUCAGUGGGAGAAAAAUUUGAAAAAUUCAAAACUUCUGAAAUGAUGUCUGCAGCCCCUUCAGCUGGUUUCAAAACUUCAAACUUUACUCCGAGACUGGACGAACGUGGACGUAUCGAAAUCUCAUUAGAAUAUAGUGAAUUGAGGCAAAAAUUAUUGGUGACAAUUCAUCGUGUAAUGGAUUUGCCUUUAAAACAUCCUAGUGACAUUCCAGAUCCCUACGUUAAACUUAGGCUUGAAGGUCCAGGAGUUACUCAUCCUAAACACAGGACUAAGGUUGUUAUAGAUUCUUGUAGUCCAGAAUACGAAGAAAAAUUCGAAUAUCUCUUGUCAGUCUCAGACCUGCCUUCCCACAGACUAAUCGUCACAGUAAAAAAUAAGAAGUUUUUCAAUUCCAGAAUUCUUGGACAGAAAAUUAUUGAAUUAACAUCUCUAAACAGAGAUGAAGAUCCUGUACGAAAAUGGUACACGUUAUACGAGGAGGAAGUAUCAGACUGAUGGAUAUGGUUCUGUUUUAGGAUAAAACGAAAAAAAAAAGUUAAAAAUGUGCCUCAAGAAACAAAGUUGUGAUUUUAUCCAAUUUUUUUUUUUAAAUUCCAUCGCCCUAUUUUUGUACAAGUGAUUUAUAAGUGUGUCCCGCUUAAGGACUGAUCACCCUUCUGAAAUUUUUAUUUUUCAACCCAUUCAAAUCAUUUUUUUUUGUCUUAUGUCUAUUCGAAUUUGACACUUAUUUGGCUCAUAAUUUUAUUUCUGCGGCUGUAGGUACUGGUGUACAGGGUGUCCAUAUUUAUAGGCUCAAAUUUCAAUAAGUACCUACUAUUAGGGAUUUUUUUAGAAAAAAUCUGAUAGCAGAUUCUUAUUUAGAAUGGUCUAAAACCCAACUGUACUAAUUUUGGUUCCGAUUUGAUACAGGGUGAUUACAACAAAUUUUCAAAAUUUAAUAGACCAAACCGGAAAAAUUUCAUAUUUUGAGGUCUUGAGUCUAACAAAACUUAAUACAACAUAGUUUUAGAACAUCCUUAACCAAAAUGUGUAGUAAGCUUGUCUCAAAAUAUAACAUUUUUGCAAUUUGAUUCAUUAAAUUGUGAAAAUUUGAUGUCAUCACCCUGUAUCGUAUUGGAACAAAAAUUAGUACAGUUGGGUUUUAGAACAUUCUAAACAAGAAUCUGCUAUCAGAUUUUUUCUAAAAAAAUCCCUAAUAGUACUUAUUGAAAUUUGAGCCUAUAAAUGUGGACACCCUGUACACCAGUACAGCCGCAGAAAUAAAAUUAUGAGCCAAAUAAGUGCCAAAUUCGAGUAGACAUGAGACAAAAAAAAUUAAUUGAAUCGGUUGAAAAAUAAAAAUUUUAGAAGGGUGGUCAGUCCUUAAGCGGGACACACUGUAUGUAAUCUCGUUUAUAUAAGCUUUGCUUUAUUACUUAACUUACUACUUUAUAAUAAUUAUAUUUUUAAGCGUUUUUAGUAUUGUUGUUUACUCUGUUACUGCACUGCACCAGGCACAGGUUGUUGAUUUUACAUUUUAUUGCAUAUUUAUAUAUUCAAUGUAUUGAAUUUUAUAAAAGUUUUAUACAAAAUUAUGUUGGUUGUUCUAUUUUUCGAUUGAAUUUCACAAUUUUUAUCCAGUUUAGUAUGGUGAACUGUGAACUGAUGAUGGAAAGUCAGCAUAUUUCAACUGAUAUUAAACGAGAUUUAUUAAGUAUACUUACCUAUUUAUACAGAAGCCUCUUUUGUCACGUUAAAUUUCGUUUUCCAUCUUUUCAAUUAACAUCUCUAGCCACUUAAUAAUAAUUACUUCUCUAAACAUUUCAUUUCCAUUGUUAUUUAUGAAUUCCAAUUUUUCAAACAUGCUUUAAGGGGAGUUGCUAUCUAUCCUUUAUAUCUUUGUGAAUAUACUUUCAUUUAUUUGUAAAUUGAAAAAAUAAUCAUUGAGGAAUAAUAAUUGAUUGAGAAAUUCAAAUUAUCACUUCCACUUAUGGAGAAUAUAUUUCACUUUAAUUACUUAAAUAUGCCUACAAAAUCAUUUUUAUAGUUAUGUGAUACAUAUUUGUUGGAUCAUUUCUCAUAAACAUUCCCGUUUUAGACAAUCACAUUCAAUUCAAUAAUUCUUCCUAAUUAACUUCUAUAAAUUCUUCAUCAUUUAAUAUCCGAUAAUUUUUCUCAACAUUUCUUUCACCACAUAAAGAUUGGAAUAGUUUAUGAAUCACAGGACGUACUUUUUCAACUUUAACAGUGUUAGCAAGAUCGUCAAAAUAUGUUUGAUGUAGGGCGUUUCCGAUUUGGUGAACCUGAGCCGUUGAAGCUGAUUUAUCUUCUAUAUCUUUAAGAAUAUCUCGUAUCAUUUCAUCUUUAGAGAAUUUUGAUGUAUUUUUGAUAAAUUCAAGGAAAAACCUUGCCUGAAAUAAAAAAAUUAAAAUCUUUUACCCACAUAUUAAAACGACUUACUUGAAUAUCAAACAAAGGAAAAGGGCAAACUCUGAAAGUAAUUCCCAUAAAACCCAUUGUAGGAUGUUCUACGUUGACAAUGUGUUUAUAAAGAUAUUUUACCCAUCUAUUUUCUACUUCAAUGCCACAUUCUUUGGUAAGAAAUGGGUAAACAUAUUGGUAACCUGUACAAUAAAUAACAUUGUCAAUUUCUUCUACUGAUCCAUCCGCAAAAAACGCUUUACUGCCUUCAAAUUUCUCGACUAAAGGCUUAUGAAUAACAUUUUCACGAGUCUCACCGAAAAAUGUCGUGUUAUAACUAAUAUAAAGCUUUUCAGCAACUUCACUAACGAUUUUCGCGAUAUCAGUUCCUGAAGGUCCAGCCCCAAUAAUUAAAACUCUUUUAAGUUCAUAUGCAUGAUUUUUCCUAUAAAAGUGACUGUGUAUAGCUUUGUCUCCUAACAGCUCCAUACCACGGAUAACUGGCAUUUUUGGUACAGAAUAGUUACCAAUGCAAAUCAUUAUUGCGUCAAAUUGGUGGUCAGUUAUUUUGUUGGUUUCAAGAUUUUUCUCUCUCAGACUCCAUUUUUCGUUUGGAAGAGGAUGAAUUUUUAUUAUGUGAUGUAGAAACUGAAAUAAACUAAGCUUUAAUAAAUAGUUGUAUUUACACAAGAAUUUUUACCUUUAUGUGUGGAUACAAAUUGUAAUGUUCAGCAAAUUUAUUCACAUAAUCCAAAACUUGUUCCUGGUUUAUAAAGGAUCUAUCAAUUCCAUCAUAAUGGAAAUCUUGGUAUUCCAUAAGUUCUUUUGGUAAGUUUGUUCUAGAAGCAGAGAAAAAAAAGAUCUAAACAAUUUAAUGAAUUUUCUUUGAUUCUUCUCACAAUAAUCCUUGAUACAUAGACGAAUGUAUUGGCAAACCAUAACUGUCCAAUCCCGUUUGAUCAGUGUAAUUCCAAGUUCCUCCGAUUUUGUCUGUUUGUUCAAAUGCCAAACACUCGUGUCCACUAUUCAAGGAAUGCCUUAGAGCUGCUAGUCCAGCAGCUCCAGCACCAACUAUUCCGAUUUUCAUAUUCAGUUAUUUAUUUCUGAAAGAGGAUAGUUUCAAAUGCUUUGGCACAAAUAAUUAAGUAUCUAGAAGUACUGGGUCUAGGUAC